AUGAGCUGGCCUACUCAGCGCAAGUCGCGCAAACGGAUUCGCCUGUUCCCCGGCCUCUCUGGGGCCACGUCUGGCCUUCUGCCGAGCACAGCAACGAAGGCAUCAAGCUACUUCGUCACCCCGCUCCCUGUCGACCUCACCAAACCCUUCGUGUUUGGGAAGGCUGUUUUGCCGACGACCGUGGGCCUGGAAGACACAAACAAGUGCCAGCACGCGGACAAACCUAGGCAGCCAGAUCAGUUAGCCGCUAUCCUUCGCAAGGCUUUUCAUGGCGAGUCUCUCGACGACGUACACAAGAGGUUGAAACGCAAGGGUGCGUCGAACUUUCCUCGUGUCAUAACGCUCGGUGCUCAACGCGUCUUGGCAGCGUCUGAAACAGAAGUUCCCGCUGUUGUUGAGCCCGUCGACUCGUCUCUGGAAGCACCACCGACGAGCGUGGACGAUCAGGACUCUGAGCGCCAUGACGCUGCGCCUUCAAUCACGAAACGCCUUCGUAAACUUUGGUUGGUACGUAUCCCUGUCAUGACGACGCGCGUCGAAUAG